AUGAACGAAUCUCCGCAACUCAUCGAGAUUCGCUCGACAGAAGCCGGCGACGAAAAUAGGCCUCGGAAGAUUCUCUUUGACUUCAUCGAGCUGACCAUUUAUAGCGAUACUCUGAGCCUCCCACGGGCAAAUCUCUCUGACGAAAAAUGGGCUGACUUCGCAGACAAAACGCCAGUCUUCCAAUACAAUCAGAUGUAUCUCCUCAUCGGCGACGAAAGAAUUCAGGCGUUUCAAAAUCCUUCCAAGACUGGAUCCUUCAUUUUCAAAUCAAGUUCCGGCAAAAUUGUCACUUCGCUAAUGACGCUGGAGUUUCACUCGAAGCAUUUGAAGCUGUCAAAGUUAUCGGUGAAUUGGCUGGAAUGCGAAAUUACUGGCAAACUGAACCCGUCGAUCACUUCCGGAACAAUCGUCAACCCGGCAGGAAGCACGCAUCCAAUCUGCUACCGAUAUUCAGGAGAAGACAGCUUCGACGAAAACUCUUACACAGGAGAGCAUUGGAACGAGGCAAUUCUGCCGGGGUUCUUUAAUCCAGUCGCAGACUCUCAUCCAGACAGAAAGUACAAUUUCGUCGUCGUCAAAAAGAGCAGUGGCGAUUUCUCGAACUUCGCCGAGGUGCAAAACGCCUGCUCCCAGUUUGGGAUGAGCUUGGUUUACCCUUACAACGCCGCGGCGAAUGCAUUCUGGCUGGACAGACUCAAUGAGCAGCAAUCAUCGCUCCCCGGAUUGCGCCUCAUGAUAGGUCUGAUCUACACGCUUUUUUCGACGAGUUCUGGAGCACUUGUUCCUUCGGAAAGCGCGCUUCCAAUCACCGACGACGCAAAUGAUCCGAAUGGCUACGUGAAUUUUGAGGGAUUGAGCUACCAGCAGGCGUUUACUCAAAUGAAGACCAAUGGUAAGCAAUUCAUCAUGGACUCGAGCACGGGGCAGUGGGUCGCUUUUGCUUCAGUUCCGGCUGGAAUGGACGCGACUUUUUGCUUCAAAACAGAAGAAAUCACCACGACUUGUUCCGACUCGUUUUGCGACAAUAUUGAUGUCGGCCAAUACGAGUGCAGCUGCCCAGAUGAUGGGAGUACGCUGGUCACCGAGCUGGGCGUGGACAAGUGCGUCGAUCCUACUCCACCUUGCGAUGUCGAUGAUCCGUGUGUUCCCCCAGCUGUUUGUAGAAACGUCUUUGACUCCUCUUUUUGCGAGUGCCCUGGCGAGGGUGUGACUGAGUUCCUUUCUUCUGACGGGAUUUCUUGCGAAAGCAUUGACCCAUGCUCGUCCGGCCUGCAUCUUUGCGAGCAUCCGAGUUUGCAGUGCGUGCCGACUGAUAUUGAUGGAGAAUACACUUGCGAGAACACUUUCGAAUGUCCCUGCGACAUGGACUGCUUAAAGCCCCAAUGCCUCGAUCUAGCUGACUGUUCUGGACUCGGCUCUGUAACUUGGUGUCCCGAAAUCGACUGCACUGAAAUUGGAACUUACAAGGGACAGUACAGAUGUCCAGUUGGAAAGGGCGGUCUUUGCGCCAAACCAGAUGACUGCGAAUUCGAUUGUUCUACAAUCGGGCCUGGAUGGAAGUGCCUCAAGGAAAAGUGCCAAGCAUAUGGAGACUGCUCUUUCGAGUGUCUUAGAAUCGAGGACAAGGGUUGCCAAGAAGGCAGAGAUUGCAAAAAUAUUCAGGAUUGCUGUCCUGUUUGUGGAAAACAUUCAGGAAUGGAUAAAUAUUAA